AUGAAGGUUUCAAAUUUCCUCCGUGAUUUAAAGGAAUGGAUAAGACGAAACAACAAUCGAGUCUUUGAUAUUACUCAAAGAAAUCAUGAAAUUGAUAUCAACGUCUUUGUGGAAUUUCCUGCAAAAAUCUUCAAAGUUACUCAACUUGAUUUUGAUCAUCUUAAAGGCUCGGAAAGCUUCUCAGUAAGAAUGAAAAAGUUGGCGAUUUUCAUCUUCAAUAUCUGCAAUAUUUUAACAUAUAGUGCAUUAGUUAUAAUUGUUUUAUUGAAGUCACACGAAGUUGUGUUUGGAAUAUCACUUGCUCUGACAUUCAUGAUGAUUGUUGUCAGGUAUACAUCGUACUUUUUCAGUCGUUUUGAAAUCGCUGGGAUUUUGGAAUCUUUAAGAAAGAAUUAUCUAAGUGAGAGGACAUACGUAGCUAUCCUCAAAAAAUAUCUUGACGAAUACAAAAGAUUUGAGCACUGGUACUCAAUGAGUGUCCCAGCUCCAUUCACAUUAUCAUUUUUGGAUACUUUUGUUCGUUACAUGUUCUUAAACGAAAGGAUUUUUUCACCAAAAAUGUAUUUUCCUUUCGAUGCAGCACAUCCAGUGAUUUAUCCAUUCGUAAUUUCUUGGGUGUACAUGGCUGAAAUAAUCAUAUCAAUUUUGAACUUUUCUGACUUAACCUUAUUGUUUGGAAUACUUGCAUGCAUCUCAAUGAGAUUUGAGGUCCUUGCUGAGAAGUUAAAGGAUCUUAAAAUCAUUGCUGACAAAAAUUUAUUAAGAGAAAUCAUCAGGCAAUUAAAUGAAGAACAUAUCAUGCUUUUGGACAUCACAUCCAAAAUGAAUAAAAUUUUCUCGCUCUCAUUUUUCUUCAGCCUUAUAAUGAGCAGCGUCUCGAUGUGCUUUUUAGCAUUUGAAGCAUCAAUUUCAGACAGAAUUGAUCAUGUCUUUUUUUAUUCCAACUUUAUAGCACUGACAUUAUUCACAAUGUUUCUGCAGUGCUAUUAUGGACAAAAAGUUAUGGAUACAAGCUCAAAAAUUGCUUAUGGUGUCAUCGAAUGUGGAUGGGAAGGCAUGACAGACAAUAAGAUGAAAAAGGAUUUAUUGUUCAUUAUGAUGCGAGCACAGAAAAAGACAAAAUUGACUGUUCUUAGUUUUGGUUUCUUUUGA